CAGUUCCAAACCUAAAUGGCAACCAGUAACAAAACCAGCAGUGAACGUGUAAAUACGUUACAAAGCGACAAAGCUCGUGUUGUGGUAUCAGUGAGCGGAUUACCCGCCGAGGCGUAUCGCGAUGGCGGAGAGGGGAGCGGGGCGACGAGCGAGAAGGCUAUAGCGUGCAGCGGGAGCGGGAGCGAGCGAGCAGGCCACGCGCGCCGGCGGGGACCCCAGUCUACAUCUUUAGUUCCGCGCAGCGCGCCGCUCGCGUCGCCCGCCUCCGCUGCCGCGCCCGCUAUGAAGGCUAAAGGAAUGCGUUCGAAGAACAUGGAUAAGCUUAUAGCCGCUGUCCAGGCGAGGGAAUGCCUCUGGGACAAGAGUUACAGAGGACACAGGAACCGUUUUAAGUUGGAGCGUUAUUGGAACGAGGUGGCCGCGGAAGUGGGGACUAGCAGUCUAAACUGCCGCAAAAGAUGGAAGAACCUAAAAGACCAAUGCCGCAAAGAAAUGAAAAAGAACCCCAACGAAUCCGAAUGGCCCCACUUCCCGAAACUCAAGUUCAUCCACCACCAGUUCCUCGCUGAAGACGAGGAUGAUGAGGGAGACACCAACGACGAAGUCUUCAAUGCCCUUGACGAUUCCAUAAAGAGACCAAAGCUAGGAUAUACCAUGAGGAAGAAAUUCCUCAUGAACAAAAGACGCACGAUCGAUGUGGAUAUGAAUAAGCUAAUUGAGCUGGUGCAGACGAGGGAUAUUAUUUGGAAUAGGCAGCUGAAGGGACACCAUAAUUGGUAUAAGUUGGAUGAGAGUUGGAAGGAGAUUGCUCAGGAGUUGGGAGUCACACGCGACGAAGCGCGGCUCAAGUGGAAAUACCUCAGAGACCAAGCCAGAAAGGAGGUCAGGAAGCAAGAUUCCGAAUGGGAAUAUUUACCUAAACUACAAUUUUUAACCAAUCAAUUCAACGACUACGAAGAGACUCCUGGGACUGAAGAUCAUUUCGCGGAUCAAGAUUUUGAUCCUCCAGAGCAAAGCAGCAGUUAUUACAAUAUAGAACCAGUGCCAGAACCGACGAAUGUCAGCGUUAAGGAUGAUGAAUUCGACGAGUUUGAUACUAAGCCUAUAAUCAUGGAGACUGACUUUUAUGAUGAUGAUGAUGAAGUUCCUAAAAGCCCUUGUACGACGGCGGGGCAAGAUGCUGCGGAACCAGCGAAGGACGAAGAUAUAGGGUUCUUUAACAGUCUGUUGCCGCAUGUGAGGAAGCUUGGACCGGCGAAGAAGCUGAUGCUUAGGAUGAAGAUUCAGGAGUUAGUUUAUAAUACUGUUUACAAUGAAACGUAGGGUAUUAAAAUGAAUAAUUUGAUUGCAAUAUUACCAAGAUGGUAAAAUUAAUUCCAAUAAAUUGGAUGGCGAGCGUAGUCUGCCAAACCAAUUUUAAGAAGCAUAAAAAAUUACUUGCCUUUUUAUUGGGUUGUUGGUUGACUACCCUUAGAAAAGGACAGCAUUCAUGAUGUCUAUGCUGCAAUGAUAAGCGACCCUUGCCAAACUGAAACUAUGUAGUAAAAACUAUUCGCAUGUCUUCCAUGUGACAAAAUUUUAUAUAAAACCGAAUUAACGCAUUUUCGAAAAUAUGUCUACCACAGAAGGAUUGAUUUGAAGUAUCCCGUUUAUUUAGGAUUUAGUUAUUACUAAAAUUUCGAUAAAAAUUGCCAGAUUUUAAAAAUUAUGUUAUGUAGGUAUUUUGAGAUUUAAUCCACUGAAAAAUCGAAAUAUAUUGAGGUCAUAAACGUAAAAAUAUCCCUGACGAGUGCACGACGUUUGAAAUUCAUUCAGAAGCAAUCAAGCGGGUGAGGUGAUCAAAAAUGUUUGGGCACUUCUGUACUCAGUCCAGAACCAUAUCAUUUGUAUAAAUUCGUAAAGUUUAACUACCAUUUAAAUACUUAUAGUUUUUGUAACGUAAACUAUAAUAUGCUUGAGUCAUAUAUUUACUUUUAUAGUCGAAUGUAAUUUUAAUAUGUAAAAAAAAUAUUGUCUCAAAUAGAUUGACCGCCAUUCCAAAUGACUGUCUGAAUUAUUUUAGCUGAUUUUAAUUUGUAUCAUUUUAAAAUUGUAUGACUAUGUUAAUAAAACCCGGACGAUUUUAAAUUUG